CCAGCCUGAAGACAUUCUUAGUACCAGCCAAUCCCAAGCAUAGAAUGCAGAGGAUUGUGCAAAAACACUAAUUUGCUUUUUCCAUCAGACACCUUUCAGUGCUAACGGUGACCAUGUUGGAUGAGAGUCCAGGAGUUCCAUCCCUCAUCUUCCUCUUCAGUUGCAACUCCCCGCAGGUUUUCUGCCCCUGCCUUCCCCCCAGGAUCUUCUCUUCAUUUCAAAGGAGGCAAAUAUGCUUGAUAGAAAGUACUCCCUUCAAAUACGUCUUCAUGACAGACCAGUAUUUCCUUGUUAAUGUUUAUCACUUUUCCUCGGUAACUUAAAUGCAUUCUUAGGCUAAAAGAAACCUCUCUGGCCUUACCCAGGCUCCCUCCUUGCUGGAGGAAGAACACGGGAGUAGAAGGAGGGAAAAUCCGGUCCUGAUGUCACUGUGAUGCUUUCAGCUCUUUGCUUUCCCCUGAUGCUAAGUGCGAUAUGCAUUUGGAUGGCCAAAGAGGCCGAGAUGGGAUGCUACACUCUCCCCUGAACGUUUUGAACAGGUCGGGAUGACCCUUGUGCUAGAUGUUACCAGAUGUCCAUUUCUUCCAGCUGUGAAAGAAGUUGAUCUGUCCACGUUGUCGUCAGCUGUUCAUUGUUGGGAUUUCUAAGUGUUUGGUCUGCACUGUCCUAACUGCUGUGGGUAUCACUGUGGAUUUGGGGGUGACAUGGGGGUGGUGUUAAGGCUACCAAAUAAACAUAACAUGUAGUAGCAGAUAUGAAAAUGGCCAUAUGGAAACAAUAAUGAAAAUACAAACAGGAAUGUAACUAAUUUUAACUUGUGUGGUGCAGGGUAAAAUUGAAGCGUCCUGGCAGACAGGAGAGGUGACGGAAGGAGAGAUGCGUCUGGACCUUGGAGGACGGCUGCGAUCUCACAGGAGGAGGCAGGUGCGAGGGAGACACUGGCGCAGCCACCGGGAGGCCAGGAGGCUGGAGUGAGCAUGCUCAGAGAGGCUGUGCUGGGAUCGUGGUCCGUGAGGAUGAGGGUGGAGGCAGUUACACAGGUGGGAUGGGGCCAGGUUUCACCUGACUCUGACAGCCAGGCAGAAGGCAGACUAGAAACUUGAGGCUUGUGUUUCUCAAACCCCAGGCUACUCAUAAAUAUGCAGCAUCUUCCUGGAAACUCAGUGUUAUACAAAUAUUUGGGGCAACUCAUUCUUUAACUCAUGUACUAAAACAAACGUUUUGGAGUAGAAUACAAAAUUGGCGUGACUUUCGUAAUAAAAUAUGCAUUUUUGAAGCCAUUUUGGUUUAUGGCAGGUCCCUUGCAUGACACUGUCACACCCCCAGGGACUCUUCUCCAUAUGGAGUGUAUCACGGGACAGUUUGAGAAUUUCCUUAAGCAAUAGGAAAUGACACCUCACUGCCCAAGGCUUUGCUCUGUGCCUGGAGCAUCUUUUCUGCCCCUGUGAGCAUCUUCUGGUCCCACUCCAAGAGCUGAUCUGACAUCUGGGCUACUAGAGCAGAGUGACUGUGUGUCCCACGAAUAUUCGCCAAUGCCAAGAUGUGGUCCCUCAAUAUCAAGUGCUAGGACAUCUGUACGGUCCUUUGUAGGUUGAUUUGCCAUCAUACUCUCCACAGCCCUAGAAAUAAUAAUAUUACCCUGAUUUACAAAUGAGGGAAUGAUGUGCGGCAGGUUUUGUAAACAAGUUGGAUGGGUACUUUCGAGAAGACUGUAUGUCAGCACAUGGGUCCUGGCAGGCAGGGGGCCCCAUAGUCACAUUCGCGUGUGCAGCCCUUUGAUCUGGAAGGUGCCUUCUCUCACGGUCAUCCGCCAGCUUCAUGGAAGGCAGCCGCCCUUCCUCAUUCAGUUCUCCAGCGUCUGUCAACUGGUGCAUUGCUGGACAAGAGUUCAUGACAGCGUUCAGCCCCAUGUUUCUUAUGAAGAAUUUAACUGAAGCUAACAGAAUUUAGGUGGGCAAUUUAGUCUUGCAGAUUGCUGUCUGUCCAUCUGUCUGUUUCUGUCUUUUUCUCUCUCUCGUUCAGGUUAUUGACAAUAUCAUCAUGAUUUGAAACCCCCAGAGUCACCUGCUUUUAUUUAGCAGGGUAUUAUAAAUAGGAAAAUACUGUCUUCAAAGCUCAGGAAGCCCUGUCUAUUUUAAUACCAACUUUCUGAAGGCUCAUUAGUAAUUAAUGAAAUCAUUAAGAAUGGUUCACAGUGACUGACACCUUCCUGGCAACCACAAUCUCCUCUUGUACUUAGAGGAAAUGUCACUGGCUCCACAGCGCUCGAGGGAGUAAGAAGACAUGGAGUGAAGAGCUGCCUCAUUUUCCAGAGAGAAUAGGGGCACUGAGAGCUUGGAGGGACGGCGGUAGCUGUCACAGUGUUUUGUCCUGAAUUUUUACCUCCUGGAAUCCAGGAUGGGCCCCUUCCCCACCCCACCAGCUGGAUGAGUGAUCACAGUGGAAUAAUGAUGCCAGGAGGCUCAGAGGGCCGCUCCCACACCGGGUUGGAGGAGAGCCUUACAGGUUGUCAAUGAAACCUGGAAUUAUUUCCUUUGAUGGCUCAGGUAAUAGUAGGAGCCAAGGCAAUGAGUGAGGUCGUCUGAAACCAAUGCAGUCCUGCCCGGGACCCGGGAGCCAAUCGCAGGAGCAGAGGGCGGGGCGUCAGCGCCAGCAGAUAAUUGCUAAGUGCCUCGCUCGCACAGUUGGUCCGAGCCGCCGAAAGGUCUGGUCGCAGAGACGGGGACGCGUAAUCCUCAGCGUGCUCCAUCCCGACAGCAGCCCUCCACGGCUCGGCAGGGCAGCGAGCCUCUGGGCACCGGCCCCUCUGCUCCACGGAGAAGCCUGAUGAAGUCCUCCGAUAUCGAUCAGGAUUUAUUUACAGACAGUUACUGCAAGGUGUGCAGUGCACAGCUGAUAUCGGAAUCUCAGCGCGUGGCCCACUACGAGAGUCGAAAACAUGCCAGUAAAGUCCGACUAUAUUACAUGCUUCACCCCAGGGACGGUGGGUGUCCCGCAAAGAGGCUCCGAUCAGAGAAUGGAAGUGAUGCCGACAUGGUGGAUAAAAACAAAUGCUGCACCCUCUGUAACAUGUCCUUCACCUCUGCGGUGGUGGCCGACUCACAUUAUCAAGGCAAAAUCCAUGCCAAGAGGUUAAAACUGUUGCUAGGAGAGAAAACCCCAUUAACGACCACAGCAACGCCUCUGAGCUCACUUAAACCUCCGAGGGUGGACACUGCUCCAGUGGUCUCAUCUCCCUAUCAAAGAAGAGAUUCAGACAGAUACUGUGGGCUCUGUGCAGCCUGGUUUAACAAUCCUCUGAUGGCCCAGCAGCAUUAUGAUGGCAAGAAACACAAAAAGAAUGCAGCAAGAGUUGCUUUGUUAGAACAGCUUGGGACAACUCUGGAUACGGGGGAAUUAAGAGGUCUGAGGCGCAAUUACAGAUGUACCAUCUGCAGUGUCUCUCUAAACUCAAUAGAACAGUAUCAUGCCCAUCUGAAAGGAUCUAAACAUCAGACCAACCUGAAGAAUAAGUAGUGAAAACAUCAAUCGAGAGAUAAGGAAAAAUAAGUCAGGAUUUCUGUGCCGUGGAGAAUCGCUUACCAACCACAAGAAGAAGAUUCUUUCUUGAACAAUGAACAUUUCUUAUGAGGAUUCACAGAUUAACAUAUGACUAAUUUAAGUUUUGGAGAGUGAAUGAGCUUUCUUUCUUUCUUUUUUCUAAUUUUGUGGUAAGUUAUGAUAUUUGGAUGGUUUUUUAAAAUUCUUUCCUGAUAAUAUAUUUAGCACAUGUUCUCAAUUAUAAUCCUAUAGCAAACAGCGGGAGCGUCAUUCAAACUUAAAGACAGUGGAAAAUCUCAAUUUCCAAUUUAUUCUCAGAUUUCUUCAACGUAUAAUUAUUCUGUUAAAUCCUUGCGGAUCGAGAUGUAAACCACUUCAAUCAUGAAAUAAACUUUAUUUUUUCAUCUUGUUGACAUGAUUGGUGGCAACGUGCACAGAACCAGACAAAUCACUAUUAGAAAAUAUAUAAUGGACACAAACUCUCAUUUAACCGUCAAAAAUGUGAGCCAUCUUUGCCAUCUGAACAAGAAUGAAGAGGGGAAUCAAGGAGGAAUCCUCAUCUUUUUUUUCUGAUCAUUCAAACAACAGUUUCUCAAGGUUAAGCCAAGUCCUCUUUUGCAAGCUGCCAAAAUAAUAGCUUAGGAAAAGAAUUAGUUUGCCUGCAUGAUGAUCCUCUUAGGCAAAAAUGUCUUAAUAGCAGUUGACCUUGAUGAAAUGUUUUCCCAAAGGCAUUCAAAAGAAGAAUGAUCAACCCCAUAUGAGAGGGAAAUAAAUGAAGGCUUUUUAUGAAGUUGGCCUGAAUUGUGGGCUUUCGUGUAGGGCACUGAUGAUUUGGAAAAAAGUGAGUGAAUUCUGAACAAAUGACCGCCUUGGGUACUGAGGUCACCUAUUCCUCUGUCUCUCACUGAAGUCCUUUUGCUGAACUGAGAUUCAACCACUUUUUUGGAGAGAAUGCCACUGGCCAAUAUGGCAGACUGGAAAACCAUUACUCUCUGAUGGGGACUAUCUCAGAGGGUUAAAUUUCUAGGUUGAAAUCUUCUCCAUGGCGAGUGGAUUUGGAGUCCUACAGGCUGGCUGCAAAGCUGGGCAUUUAAAUGCUUCUAUGCUGGAUGCUUCUUAGGGCCUGGCUGGGGUUGCCCUUUGUACAUUGUGACUCCAGCCGAUUGAUCUCCUGGUGUCAGGAUUUUCUGUAUGUCUGUGAUUUUUCCACAGAGAGCUGAGGUCGUUAAAACUCAGUGAGCAAUAAAUGAAAUGACUUAGGCAUGCACAGCGUUGUUAUGGAGGUGUUUGCAAUUUGGCACCGUUCUCUUGAGAAGGGUCCACUCAGGAGAGACCAGGCUUGUCAGUUUCCGUGUCUGCAGAGAGACGAGGCUGCGCCAGCCGCACCAGUCAUGGGCCAUCCCUUGGGAAGGAAGAAGGCUUUGAAAGGAAGCAAUCUAUUUUUCUGUUUUGGAAAGCACACAAAAGAGGUACAAACCUCCAAUGAAGACUUUUCUUCAAGUGUGUAAAAUAAGGCUUUCUUUGUCAAUUCUGCUGUAAAAUAAGCAUUGUCCAAGUAAAAAA